AUGCAUAAUAAUAACUAUAUCAUAAAAGUUUCUGAUGAAUUUCCCUUAGGUGCUACAAUACGAUAUUCGAAAGACGGAUGGCUUUUAAUAUCUACCGGUAAGAAAACUGUAUUCUCCUACAACCCAUUCACAAAAGCAAAGAUCCGUCUUCCAGAUUUACCUGAUGAUUAUGUACUCCGUGGAAUGUCAUUCUCGACCACACCAACUUCUCGCAAUUGUGUAGUAAUUGCCGUCUCUAAUUGGUGCCCAUGGGCAUCAGAUAUAGGGUGCGGUAAUGCUAAGAUUUCCUUCUUGGUCUGUGAUCUGCAAAAGAGUUCAAGUGGUUGGAAUGCUCAUUUAUUCACGUAUGAAUAUAAUAUAUACGACGACUUUAUGCCAUGUAUUAAUAAUCCGGUUUUCUAUAAUGGCGCUUUCUACUGCUUAGAUUAUAAUGGACUUUUAGGAGUUCUGGAUAUGCGGGGUGAUUUUUGUUGGAAAAUUCUUUCGAAAUCCUUGAGACAAUUCAAUUCUAUCUAUCCAAGUUUUUUGGUGGAGUGUGAUAAAAAGCUUUUACUUGUGAAUUUAGGACAGAAUGGAAAGUCUACAGAGAUAUAUAGUUUAGAUGAAUCUGAGAUGGCCUGGGUUAAACUUGCAAGUUUGGGAAAGCAUGCAAUUUUCAUCAGUUAUACAUCCAGUUUUUCAGUAGUCGCUCCGCGUAGUUACAUGGAAAACAACGUCUACUUCCCGAGACUAUACGGAGAAAGGGUUUUAUACUAUUCUCUUGAUACAUACAGGUAUCAUUGCGUUGGGAGUAAUCAGUAUUCUUCGCAAGAUUUUCAUAAUACAAAGGAAAUAUCAAACUGCACUUGGAUUGAACCUAACUGGUCUCAGGCAAGUCUAUGUCAAGAGCCUGAAUGA